GAAUUACAGUUGCAACCUCCAACCAAAAGCUUUGCAUUCACUGCGACCCGAUCAACAUCACCAUUUUACACUCAAUCCUCAGCCUUUACUCUUCUUCAGGGAAUUGAGUUGUGCAAUGUCUCGCAUCCAACCAAUUAUGGCCUUUUUGAGGCCCGCAGUGGCACCCAGAAGUGCCAUCUUUCGACCAAUGAUGCGCUUCUCGAGUGCCGCACGCUUCAACGCUGAGGAACCAGCUACGCCUGCGAAAAGCCCCUCAACCAAAGCCCCUCCUCCGCCAUCAUCGCCCAAGGAAGCCGCACGAGCGGCCGAUCUUGCAGCAGCUGAAGCCUUAACGGAUGGCGACAGCGCGCAAGCCCCAGCUCCAAAACCAGUCCUCCCAUCAGACCACACGAAUCCCUCACAAACGACGGCUCAGACCGACUCAGUACCUGUUUCUUCGGGACGAGCCGCAGCCUCCAACAUCGCUCAGGUAUCCAAGCCGAAAGCGCAAACCUCCAAGACGGCCAAAGAGAACAAAGCCACAUCCACACCUCAAAGCACUACUACAUUAGAACUUCCACCCGCGAAGUACCACGUUGAGCGAUCAAAAAGCGGCAAUCUACCUGUAUACCAGGACUACAAGCGCGGCGGGAACCUGCAUUUGACGACGAUACGCAAGAUUACCGGCGACCGCUCGGCGUUGAGGGACGAGCUCCGCGUGCUGUUAGGAAAGAAGGAUGAGGAUGUCAAAAUCAACCAGUUGACAAAACAUGUGACGAUUAAGGGACAUCACAGGGCCGAAGUCCUAAAGUUCUUGGAGUUAAGAGUCAUGUGAUAUGGCAACCUCGUACGGAGGGCGUUUGAUGCUGUAGUAUAAUGUAUCAUAUGUACAAUGAAUUCAAUGAUCAUUCCCGC